GGGCAAGAAGGAGGAAGUGCAGGAGGAGGAAGAAGAAGAAGAAGAAGAAGGGGAGGGAGCGAGGGAGGCCGCGCGCCGCCGUCAGGCUCAUGUUUAGAAGAGGAGAAGUCUCUGUUUUGUACUUCUGUGGUGUCCGGCAGCUCAUCUGUUGAUACUUGUACUUUUGUACAUGUACUUUUAUAAUUCCAUGGUAGAACGACAUCCAAGAGUGUCUGCUUGAUUACUACAGCAUCUGGAUCCAGUGGUUAUUUUUAAGAAAAUGUGGACUGCUAAAAAUCUUUGUAGUGCUCAGAUACAGUUGCUUCAAUUGACAGAAGGCAGAUUAUGUAAUUGUAUUUUUCCAAAAACUCAGCAGUUCUGGACUGGUAUUCUAAACUGCUGUACCAUACAGACACCACACAACAGAGUUAAAUACCAGGUUUCCAAGAUAAACAAUGAAGAAGCAGUGGUAGAUACAACACCUGCUGUUAGUGCACAGGGAACUAAAAUAGCUGCUGGAAAAAGUCUCAGUGGAAUAUGCAAUGUAAAACACCGUUCAUUAGAAGCAAAAAUGAAACAUCUCAACCUGUCAUUUGCAGCUUGUGGGUUUCUGGGUAUUUACCACUUGGGGGCAGCAGCUGCUCUUUACAGGCAUGGUAAGAAGUUACUGAAAGUUGUGAAAGCUUUUGCGGGAGCUUCUGCGGGAUCGCUGGCCGCCACUGUCUUAUUAGCAGUACCAGAAAAUAUAGAGGAAUGUAAACAGUUUGCCUAUGAGUUUGCAGAGGAAAUUAGAAAAUUGGACUUUGGUGCGGUAACGCCUGGUUAUGAUUUCAUGAAAAGACUUAGGGGAGGCAUAGAGUCUAUUCUUCCUUCUAAUGCUCAUGAGAUAGCUGAUAAGCGGCUCUAUGUGUCAGUCACUAACACCAAGAAUGGGGAGAAUUAUUUGGUUUCAAGUUUUGCUUCCCGGGAGGAUCUCAUUAAGGUCCUGCUAGCAAGUAGUUUUGUGCCAGUAUAUGCAGGAAUUAAGCCAGUGGAGUAUAAAGGAGAGAAAUGGGUUGACGGUGGCCUUACCAAUGGCCUUCCUAUCUUGCCUGAAGGACGAACAGUGACAAUUUCUCCCUUCAGUGGUCGAUUAGAUAUCUGUCCACAAGAUAAAGGACAUGUGGAUCUUUAUGUUAAAUUUGCAAAACAAGAUAUAAUGCUGUCUUUGGCCAACCUGGUAAGACUUAAUCAAGCUUUAUUCCCACCAAACCAUGAGAAAAUGGAAUUGCUGUACCAAAAUGGAUUUGAUGAUGCUGUACACUUUUUACUAAAAGAAAACUGGUUUGAGUAGACUGUACACAGAAAAUUUAAUUAAGCUUCAUAGCUAUCAAAACACAGCUACAGGCAUCCUGCAAAAUUGAAGUGAUUGCUGUCAAAAUUUCUGUAUAUUGACAAUGGAAUUGCAUCUGCUUUUGUGAAGAAAAAUACAAGUAUUCUGGAUAGAAUUCAAAAACACACCAAAUGGGAAUUGUGUGGUAAAACAUAGCUGUCCUGUUUUGGAGAGGUUCAGUUUUAGACCUAUUUUGCUUCUAAGGAGGACGUUAUUGUAAGAUUUGUGGAAGCUUAUGUUGUCAUGCAGAAAUUUGAAAACAUCUUUUUUUUCAUGUUACUUAUUUGAGAGACAAAUUCAGUUUGUACCAAAAAAUUACAGUCUGUGUUGUUCACUUAGUAGUUGCACACACUAAUUGAAUACUUGCAGUAUUGCUAGUCUUAAGAUUCUAAUGCAUCUCUCCUGCAGUGUUCUACAGGACUUGAACUCUUAACACUAGUCACAAUAAAUAAAACAUUUGCACUAUUUACUGUGAUACUAUAUUUUUCCGAUUAAAAGUUCUUGUCUUUCUUAGUGAAUGUAAUAUUUUUAAAUUUGAAAUACUAUUCUGGAACUUGCAAUAGUGUAUUUUUGGCCAUGAAAGUGUCUUGUAAAGGAGACGGUAAGAAAUAUUUAUAUUACUUAUAUUUAUUAUGUUUUCUUCCUCAACUAAAAUUGAAUAAAUAUAUGUUCUUGAAGCUUUGCCAAGAACUUGUUUAUAAAUUUCUCAGAAUGCUAUAACAACUUGAUUAUUUACACAGUUCAGUCUGUUGGAGGGGAACUGAAGUAAGUUAACAUAGAGUUAGUUCAGACUCUUGUGUCUUAGUCUUUUACCAUCCCCCUUGCUUUGACUUACAAGUUCAAGAUUUUCAAUCUUACUACCUAAGUUCUAAAAGGUGCAACUGUUUGUUAUAACUUUUAUGGCUUUUAAGUUGAAUUCUUAUAAAAAUCUGAAGUUGAAUUAUAUAUUUAUGUAUGAAAGUAAAGCAUUCUCCAAAAACAAUGCUAAAUGUCUGUAUAUUCUGGAGGGUGAAGAAAGGAAAAGAGUCUAUAAAAAGGAAGGAGUUUAAAGUAUCUGCUAUAGAAAUUUCAAUACAGACCUCAUCAGAUUAGCAUUUAAGCAGUAGGGAUUGAGUUAUUUUAGUACUUUAUAUGCUAAUAAAAGAAAUACUAAAAAAAAAUGGUUCUUUGUAUAAGCUUUUUUAUUUUUAGCUGCAUGAGGUUCUGUAAACAGUGAAAAUAGGAUGUAUAUGUUAUUCCCACAUCUGUAGAACAGCAUUUCUGCACAUACAACUUAAGAACAUUGCCUUUGUGCUAUCAACAACAUCUAUGCCUGGCUUGCUUGCAUACUUUUUUAUAUAGAGGAAAGCUUGGCAUGAACUACUGUGACCUGUAAGUCUCUAAUUCAAGGAUAAUACCUAUUUUGGCAGUAUGGCAUUCUGAGGGCUUGGAGCUACUCUCCUGCUUUCAGAAACCUACAUGCACUAAUCCGUACCUUUCUGAGCCAUAAUAGAACCAUGUAUUUUAGCAAAAUUGUAUAAAGCUUGUUUACCUGGAUGCCAGUUCAUAAAAGUUACCUUAAAUGAGAGGAUUGUUAAAUGCAAAAUUAAUAGAUAAUAUGUGUUGCUUUUGAGCGUCAGCACUCUCACAGUUCACUAUGCUACUUAAUCCAUAAAAACUUGAGUUAAAAAAUUUGAGUUCUUCUUGCAUAUAUUAAUGCCACCCACAGGAGCAUAUGCAGUAUCAUCUUUACUGAGGUAAGACUUUCCAGAAAGAAAAAAAAAAAUCAAACUCAUGCAGAGAUUAGACGUGGAAGUGUUACAAUACAUAGCUCAUUUGGUUAGAGCGUGGUGCUGCUAAUGCCAAGAUCGCAGGUUCAAUCCCUGUAUGGGCCAUGCUGAGGGUUGGACCAGAUGAUCUCCAGAGGUCCCUUCCAAUCUUACCAUUCCAUGAUUCUAUGAUUAGAUGAAUGUAUAUGUUGUAUAUACAUAUAUAAUAUAUAUAUAAUAUAUAAUAUAUAAAAAAUAAAUAAAUGUUGGAGCAUAACAGAAUAAGAACAGAAAUCUGUUCAAGUCAUAACACUUGUUCAUAGUGAGUACUGCUGCAUUAAUAGCAAGAUUUAGAUUUUUUUUUCUGUUACCACCAUUUUAUAAAUGCUUUUUGAUUGCAGAUGAUUUACAGAAAGCUGAAAGAAGCAAGUGAUAGUGGCUGUGUUCUUCAAGUUCUGUGUUCGGGUUUUCAACUGAUCCUAAUGAAGCAUUGUAUA